UUUCCCAGCAAUGGCGAUCCAGCGCCUUCGCGUGCUCUGGGAUGGAUUCCUCACCGCGAAAUCCAAGAUCGUGGUCCCCGAUUAUCGCAAAGUCCAGAAGGAGAUCGAUAUCUCGAGGCUGUUUCUUCUGACGAGCUAUCGUCGGCUGGAUUCGAGUGCUACCGACGAGGAUCUGGACAGGAUCGAGCAGCUGGGGAGGACGGUGCCUUUCCCUGACCAAGAACACCAGGUACAAGAAAACAUCCACGACCAAGUGAGAAAUAUCAGUCGCGCUCUAGACACCAUCUUUCUAGCGGGUUGCGAGAGAAAAAAAUCGCUUGAGGAGGGAUUUAAGAGGCCCAGCGGGCUCGCAUUCGCAGUGACCAAAAGCAAGCCCGACAUCGAAGUCCAGAAACUCUUAGGUCCUCCAGCAACAGCCUCGCUGGGAAAAUACGAUAUCGACGAAGCGCUGAAGAACCAGCUGGGAUUUUCACUCCAUCUCAAAGACUCGGAAGUUCCUGGACACAAUGCUGGCCAAGGAUUGUUUCUGGAAGGGAUAGCGAGGACUGGAACAGUGGUGGCUUUGUAUCCAGGAGUCAUAUACUCGCCGGCCAAGUACUGGUACAUCCCCGGGUAUCCGAAGCUCGACAAUCCUUAUCUCGUCUCGAGGUACGAAGGCUACGUGAUCGAUGGAAAGUCGUGGGGUAAAGGAGGGACGAGCAGGGAAUUCUGGGAUGGCUACGAUGAACCCGAAGAGAAGGAAGAGGAUCUGGAAGAUAGAAAAGAAGAACAGGGAGAGGAAGCUAUGGUAGACAAGGCGAGCGAGGGAGAAGCUGCAUCACAGGGUGGCAAAGAGAAGAAGAUUGGAGAUCGCUUCAAAGCUCUGAUCGAAGUCAAGGACGAGGACGACACUCCACCGCCGAGCAGGCUCAAGAUCGAAGUGAUCGAGCGCAGGAACCCGUUGGCUCUGGCUCACUUCGUGAAUCAUCCCCCGAAAGGCCAGCUCCCGAACGUGAUGAUCUGCCCCUACGAUUUCCCGGAGCACGAGGAGGACAUGCGGCCUUACAUUCCAAAUCUCCGCUUCGAGGACGACACCGUGAAGAACAUGGAGCGGAGAGGCAAGAGCUGGAGCAAGGUUCCAUUGCCGGAGGUUUUGAGCGCCAAGGACAGGGAUCCAACUUAUUUGCGAGGUCUGGUGCUCGUCACAACCAGGAACGUUUGCAACGAGGAGCUGCUGCUAAACUAUCGGCUGAGCAAUCCAAAGACCAAGCCCGAGUGGUACCACCCGGUUGACGAGGCCGAGGAGCGGAGGAGAUGGGCGAACCAGGAUGGGAGGAGAUUGGCGAGCCAGGAUGGAUCAGCUGAAUCUCCAAGAAGUGGUAACAUUUGUGGGACGUGUGAAGGUGGUGAUCGCGACAAAAUCGUUCAUCCAGUGUACAGGAUUCAGACGGCAAUAACGGUAGAGCUCUGCAGCUCGAACGGCGAAUCCACCGGGUGCGAGCGUUUACACAGCUCUCGUUCGACAUCAGCGAAGAUUCUUGACAAGGGACAGCGUAUUCAAUGCAUUUUUGACGGUCAACUUUCGAAUUCUAUGCGCAGAUAG